CUGUUAUCAGUUGAUUGUUUGAUAACUUUAUUUAUUGCUACAGGCGUACGUCUACGAUAAAUCACGCGUCACGUUAUUGUAGGUUUAGGUGGUUUUCGUGAAGACCCUUUGAUAUCUUCAGUUUUAAUAUUCACAUUAAAAUUCAUUAGUUUCUUUCUUCUCUCACUUUGUGACAUUUCUGUACCCGUAUCGAAAGGGUUGUCAUCAAUGUCAAGCGAUUAUUUUUUUGGAAAUUUGACAAGUCAAUUAAAAUUAAAAUCUUUAAACCAUUUUCAUUGUACAUUUGGUUAAAUUUGUUUUACAAUGGCGACGAAUACGACUACCAAAAUCAUAAGUGUUUUUACAACAUCAUCUCGUUUGGGAAAGAGUACAUCUUCGAAAUUUUUGCGGCAAUUUUGUUCGAUUAAAUCUGAGGUUAAAUUGAAUCUUGAAAAUAAGCAAGUUGUCGAAGGAAAUGCCGAUCUUCAGGAGUCAAAAGAAAAAGUAAAAAUUGAACUAAACCGAACUGCGGAAAAAGAAACGAUUCUAGAUCCAGAAAGCACAACAACAGUUGACGAGUAUCCUGUUAGGGCUGAAUCGAGUGUAUACAAGAAUUUGAAAAAGCCUUUGAAAAAGUCUAGAUUGGCUCCCGUUUUUCCCGAACCUGUUAAAGUAAUGCCUUCCGAUACCAUAUCCGAUCAGGAGAAAGCCCAGCAUAAACUGGAAGCGUGUUCAUUUAAUUUUCAUAAAAACGAAUGAAAAAAUAAUUGUAAAACUUAAAAACAAAAAAUAUUGUCCUUUAAUCUGUUAUCUACACUGCGUAUUGUUUUAGUAAAGUUGUU